AAACCGGCCGACGUUGAUCCCAAUUCCUACUCGCUCGAGAAAUUUAAGCUCUACGAGACGAGAGCGUUACUUGAGAAGGGGAGUCAAUGAUCUGGGAAGGGUAUCAAAUGAUGUUGAAACUGAACAAAUUAUCCUAGAAGAAGAGGCUGGUUCAUGUAAGGGAAAAAUGAGUUCCAUCGUUCAGAUGCAUGGGUUGAUUCCCCUUUUCUGGUCACAAGAGGCUUCAAGAUUUAGUCCUAAACGUGAUAUAAUCUAGGUAUUAUCCAACAUAUGAGGCAACCAAUUUGCAUUUUGAAGACCUAGCAAAGAGAUGUGGCAAUCCAAUAAUUUUGCUUAAUCUAAUUAAGGUUAGGUGCAGAAGGACAACUGUCCUGAACAUGCUUUUGUUGACACUUUGUUUGAAUGCUUGUUGAGUUUGUUUUAUAUUAUAAUGGAUAAUCUCUUGAGGAAUUGAUAAUACUAACUAAUACGAAUUAAAUGUAAAACAUUUGUGAGUUUUAAUGGCUUGUUAUUGACUGGAUAUCAGAAAGUUUAUUGAUUUCAACUUUAACAUGUUGCAAGCGCUGAUAUUUUUUCCUUUAGUAACUAGGGAAUUCUGGAUUCAUUAUUGUUUCAUUUUGCUUUUUCCGACUUGAUUAGUUGUAAAAGUGCAGGCUGUUGAGAAAAGGCCUAGAGAAAUGAUGUUGAGGCGUCAGUUUGCAAAUGCAGUUGGGUAUUUGAACACAGUUCUCUCUGAAGAAGACCAUCUUAAAUUUAUUCACUGGGACUUUCACAAGUUUGCAAAGAGGUUUCAAGUCUGCCAGGUUUUGGCUGUUUUGGGUGCUGUGGCUAGUGAAGCUCUUGAUUUGAGUGCUUUUUACUUUAGUGGUAAACUUAACAAUGUUAAAAAGAGAACCAACAAACCCAGCCGAGCAAGUACUGGCAGGGAGGCUUCUGUUAGAUAUCUAAGAGCUAGCUCAUGGGAUCAUCUCAGCAGUAUUGGGAGCAAUGAUAAGAAUCUAAACUCAGUAACUGGUCAAGACAGAGAAGCUGAUUUGGGUCAACAGAAUGAAAAAGAAAAUCAUGUUGGUGAAGCAGCACAUUUUCAAAGUGGCAUUCUGUGCACUAAUUGCAUUGACUGCUUGGAUCGUACAAAUGUUGCUCAGUACGGUUAUGGCCUUGCAGCAUUAGGCCACCGCCUACAUGCAAUGGGUUUAACAGAUAAUCCUAAAGUCGACCCUGAUAGUAGCAUUGCUGCAGCUCUCAUGGAUAUAUAUAUCAGAGCAUGGGAGAUGCUCUUGCACAGCAAUAUGGAGGCUCUGCUGCCCAUAACACUGUAUGGUUUUCUUAUUUAUAAAUCAUGUACCAAAAAGAGAGUGGAAGGAAAAGCUGAUCUUCAUUCUUGUGAAUUUGUGAAAUUGUGCACUAUCCAAAUUUUCAUUAUCUAUCUCAGGUCUUUCCAGAGAGGCAAGGGAAGUGGAAAGCUACGACUCAGGCUGGGGAAUUUCUUAAUUCUAUCAAGCAAUAUUACCGUAAUGCCUAUACUGACAGUGAAAAGCAAGAUGCAAUAAACCUGUAAAUUUUGAAACCUAUCUUAUUUCUAAUGAUUUUACAAAUCUACCGUUGUCUUCCCUUAGUAUGGUGUUUGUGGUGUUUUUUUUUUCUCCGGCCAUAGAAUGGUGG